GAUUUCAGAGGCUGGCCGUCUUCCCUUCCCGUCUAUUGGUUCAUAUAAGCCCGGUACCUUCCAAUAAGGGAUCCCAACGAUUCUGAUAUUCAAGUUGCACGCAAAGAAGCUGAGAAAGGAAAGAAAUCACCAACUUCAUGACCACUGCUGCAACGAACAAGAUGGAGACUGAGAACAAGAGUGGAGAGCUGAAGCAUUUAGGGUUUGUGAGGAUCGCUGCGAUUCACGCGCUGGCAUACGUGUUCAAUCUCUACGAGUACGCGAAGCAGAACUCGGGGCCUUUGAGAUCCACUGUCGGGCCUGUGGAGGGUGCUGUCACCACCGUUGUGGGUCCCGUCUACGCGAAGUUAAAGGGUGUACCUGAGGGUCUCCUUGAGUUCGUUGAUGGAAAGGUGGAUGAUGCUACUCAUAAGUUUGAUGAGCAUGCCCCAUCUCUUGUCAAGCAAGUUGUCGGCCUAGCCCAUAGCUUUGUGCGAGAGGCAUCAGAGAAGGCACAGAAACUUGUUAGUGAAGCUCGGACAGGUGGGCCGCGCGCUGCAUUCUAUUAUGCUGCAACAGAAUCUAGGCAGUUCCUCUUGAGUCAAUCUGUGAAGACAUGGGCUAAACUAAACAACUAUCCGCAGGUACACUCUGUGACCAAAAUAGCUGUGCCCACUGUCGCCCACUGGGCGGAGAAGUACAAUAAUGUAGUGAAGGCCCUGGCUUCGAAAGGUUAUCCAAUCGUUGGUCAUAUCCCAUUGGUUCCUGUUGAAGAGAUGGGGAAAGCAUUCGACCAAGCUGAAGCAGGGAAUGAGGAAGUUACACCUUCACAUGAAUCAGAAUAAAGUGUGUCCUUUGUUUAGUCGGUUUAUUUCUGGUCGCAGUGCUCUAAAAUCUAAGUAGGUUUGUUGUUGGUGUGUUAGCAAUGUAGAUAUGAACCUUGUAAAUGAGUUUUAGACGCUCAACCCUUGUGUCAAUGAACGAAAAUGGCUGGUAGAUUCUACAGAGUAGGAGCAAGUGUGUAUGCGUAGUUUGUUUUCAAGUAAGUGGAGUCUGAAGUUAUGAAUGUUCUUAAUUAGAGUUGCUUAAUAUUACUGGUACGUGGCAAAUUCUA